AUGGCUCCUCAUGCAUGGGCCACAGGCCCUCGAAAGAGAUCGCGGGAGGACGAUUAUGCAGACGCCGCAAUGGGAGGGGUAUCAGGCUUCUCUGAGCACCGAUCUAAACGCCAACAAAUAUUGCCUGUUCGGACAUCACCCACUGCCAAAAGAUGGAUGUCCACACCGAGUUUUCCGCAAGAGGACCCACAGCCCGUCGUCUCGGGCUACCAGUACUAUGGGGCGCCGGACAUCUCAGAUCAUAAUGACCCUGCGGUCACAGAGCAGCACGUAUGGGCGGCCGAGCCGGAGCUACCGUCAAAUUACAGCCCGGACAGCAUGGACAUGGAAAUGAUGGACUGCGAACCGGAACCGAGACAUCAAGAACUGCAGCAACAGCACCAGCAGCAGCAGUACCUCCAACCAGGCAACUUUCAACCAGACCACUUGGCGCCUGAACCCAGCAUCAGUGAGCGUAUCCCGACGCCCAUUCAUUGCAGCUUCGCCGAGCAAGGCCGGGGUAAGCACUGGGGUGGAGCGGCGGGUAACAUCACCAUGGACCACCGGGGUUCAUAUGGGGUCCCUCCGCCUACACAGCAGCACCACGAGCCAUCUGUCUCGCUACUAGGCCACGAAAGCGUUCCUCGUUCUCUCGACGGCGCCGCAGCUACCGCACAGGUGAUGGAGGACUGGAGCAUGGUGCAGAACCGUCGGCUCCCCUCUCCUAUUAGUGAGGUAGGAGGGGACAUGGAGGACAGUGGCAUGGGGGAAAGUCCGCGGAUGAUUCUCGAGUCGUACCACGCCGGCCAUCAACAUCACCAUGACCACGACCACCGCGACAGCCAACAACACCUCCCCCGUCAACGCCUCAGCAGCCUCGACCAACUAACCCACAGUCAUCCACUCCUCUCCGCCAUGCCGUUACGCAACUCUUCUCUUAAUAGCCAAAUGGGGCCCCGCGAGCCGACGCCUAUUCCCCAGGGAGAAUACCAAAGCCACGGCCAUGGUCAUGGCCAUAGUCAUGGUAGUUUCGAUGGUGUCGAGAUAGACAUGGGAUCCCCACAGACAUCGCCCAAAACCACGUCACCCCCUAACAAAAGGGGCCAUCAGCGCUCCAAACACACGGUCAGCUCGUGGACUAUGGCCAACCAGCCGGGCAUGAAGAGGUCGUUCAGCAUAGGGUAUCGGGAUGACUGCGAGAAGUGCCGGAUGAAGGUUCCGGGGCAUUUCAACCAUAUUAUUGUGUCGUAGGAUGGCGGUAGGCGGAUGAUCAGCUGAUCUUUCCUUUUCAAUUCCAUUCAAUUCUUCUGGGUGGGAGAGGAGGAGAGCAGGGGGGGUGGGGUGGGGGGCUUCGCGGAAGCUUGGGAA